CUAUCUCUCUCUCUCCUCUUCUAAUUUCUCUCUAUCACUCUCCUUUCUUCUUCACUUUCCCACUUCACUUGUUCAUAAGCAAGGAUAGGUAGCUAAUGGCAACUAUGGAGUUCUCUCAAGAAAUUUCUUAUGUUCAUCACUCUCCAACUUAUAGCACUGAGGAAGAUGAGGACAUGGCGGCCAACUGUCUGAUUCUUCUGGCGCAAGGUGGGUGUCGCGUGAAGCAAGUGGCGGCGGCGGCAGGGAAAAUCAGCAGCCGGAAGUUCUCUGAAAUGGCCACCGGCGGCGGCAAGGCCGCCGCAGGGUUAUACGUGUACGAGUGCAAGACUUGUAACCGGAGUUUCCCGUCGUUUCAAGCUCUCGGCGGCCACCGCGCGAGCCACAAGAAGCCUAAGCUUAUGGAUCAUCACGAGCACCACCAUCAAGACCAUUACGAUCAACAAAGCCCCCCGCCGCCGCAGCCGCAGCCGCCGCUCUCAGCCGCACACGGCGGUUCUAGCAAGCUGGCCAAGAUUCACGAGUGCUCGAUUUGCCGUGCGGAGUUCUCUUCCGGGCAAGCCUUGGGCGGCCACAUGCGGAGGCACAGGCCGGCGGCGCCUAUCAACACAGCCGCCGCCGCAAAAGGCGGCUCCGUGAGUAGUAGCAACGACGAGGAGGCGACGGAGUCAUCGGACGGCGUCGGAGGUAAUCCCAGAGCUGCCGUUUUCUCCCUUGAUCUUAACUUACCGGCCCCACAAGAAGAAGAAGAAGGUGGCCAUGGCAACAAGUUUGAAUUCUCAGCCAAGCAACAGCAAAGUCUUGUCUUCUCCGUCCCAGCUUUGGUGGACUGUCAUUACUAAACAACGUUCAGUUCGUUGAAGAUCAUCAACAAAUACAAAUUAAUAAUAUGAAUAUUGUAUUAUGAUUUGUUAUACAAAUUAAACAGUAAUUUUUAGAUUUAUUUUUAUUUUUAUUUUUAUUAUCAUCCAUCCCGUCAAUAUAUAUUGUUGCUGUUCAUCAUGUAUUUUAUUAAUAUUGGGAAUCAUUAAUUGUUAAUAUUCUUUGGAGUUGAU